UUUACUGAGUAAAAGUGGACUGAGUAAUAUCUGCUUAACAUAGACAACAUGGAAAUAUCAACGGAACCAUCUUUUCUUGAAGUCGAGUUGCCACAAACCCUUCUUGAAUCACCAUCAGUUUCCACAUUUUUACCAGAUGAAGAAGCUUCAAUUUGUCCAUUGCUUUCAAGCAACACUGCUUUAGGCCAAACCUUAGUGUCCCACCCACUCAGUCCGAACGUCGUUCCAAGCGAUAUUACCUCAUCUAAUAUAAGUAAUACCGACUGCAAAGCCGAAACAAGCUCUUCUGGAAGUAGUACAGGAAUCGCAAUGGAUGCAAUGGAGACGACGGCCAACCUUUUUAACAAAGUUAACUAUCAUCAUCUACAAAACAACAACAUUACAACUCAGGAAGCCAGCAAUCAGUGUUUGAAAGGAAGCAGAAGAAAAUCAAAGGACACACCCUCUUUUGUAUCUUGGAAUUGGCCAUUAAUUCGGAAACUUACAUUUUUCGUAUUCGUCUCUGCAAUUUUGGCAAUAUGCUCGAUAGUCGUUGCCAAAAUUGUCAGUAUGCCAAAAACAUGUAAUCCAAAAACUGCUUGGUAUCGUGGAAGCGUUUUAUAUGAAAUAGAUCCUGCCUCCUUCAAAGACACUAAUAAUGAUGGAAUUGGCGAUAUUAAUGGAAUAAUAAACGAAAUAGAUUAUUUUGUUAAUUUAGAAAUAUCUGGAGUACGACUCAACUCUAUUUUUCCAUCACAUUAUGUCAGCUAUAUUAAUGCUACAUCGAUAAAUAUAAUAAGACCUGAACUAGGAAACCUGAAUAGUGUAAGAAAUUUGGCAAAACUCUUACACUCCCACAAUCUGACUCUCUUAUUAGAUUUACCUCUGCAACAUGUGAUUGCUCCUGGCAGAGAUUCUGAAGCUCUUCAUGUUGUUUCUAACUCGAUUAUAUAUUGGAUUGAUCAGGGAGUGAAUGGGUUUUAUUUAAAGGGGCUGGAAUCAUAUACAAAUACUGGAGUACUCUUAACUUACUUGUCAUCUUGGAAACGUAUAAUCGGUCCAAACAGAGUACUUAUAGUAGGAGAAUAUCUUUUAAAAAAUAAAUCAAAACCAGAACUAUCUGCUAUGUUUGAGCAUAUUGAUUUGGUUGACUUUGUUUUAGAUAUUGAAAAUAAUUCACAAAAUUUUAAAAAUUUCACAGAUAGUAUAUUGUCAGAAAUGCCAAUCGGUGACGACAAAACUUGGGUCCACUGGUCGAUCGGAGGCAAUACAUUGGCUAACACUAGUCAACCAUUUAUAUCGAAAAUGUUUGCGGCAACAAUUAUGCAGCUUAUUUUGCCGGGGACACCAAAUAUAAUGCAUGGAAACGAAAUCCUGAUUGCCCAAAGAAAAAAUCAUACCUAUUCAGGACAAAUUACUCAACUUAUGGCUGAUGAAUUAAUGAAUCGCGAAAUGAAUAUGAAAUCAUUGGAUGCACUGACAAUGGUACAUAGAAUGAUAUCAUUACGUGAACGUUCACCAUCAAUUUACAAAAAAGUUGUUUGCAAAUCUGAUAUAAAUAAACCUAACACUCAAAUACUGACUCACAGCAGUGCCGAUAUUCUAAUAAUAGUGCGCAAUUAUCCACGUAAAAACUCAUUCGUAUCAAUAACAAAUUUUGGGAAUACCAAAGUUAAUAUAGAUUUAACGUCGAAUUUUUAUAGUGGAACGCGAAUGCUUAUUGUUGGAUCUACUGAGAAAAUAUAUUUUAAACAAUUUUUAAUUGAUGCAUUUAACACGAUUGUAGUCAAAUUGGAUAAGUAGGAGCUGAGAUUGGAGCUGAGAUAUAUUCUUUUUUAAAUUAUGUAUGUUAUCGAAUUGAAAAAAA